AUGUAAAAGAAUAGUUUAAAUAAAUAAACAAUAUUACUUAAAUUAGACAUAAGCAUUUUAAUAAUAAACAUCACAUAAUAGGCUGAAGAACGCUUUUAGAAUUUAAAAUAAGAAAAAACUUGGAGAUGGCAGGUAUAGUGAUGUAUAUUUAGCUAGACAUUUGUAGACAGGAUUUUUUAUAGCAUCGAAAGUCAUUUAAAAAAAGAAAUGAUAGAAGAAAUCAUUGAAGCUUAGGAGAUUAAAAUUCAAUAUUUGCGUGAUCAUCCAAAUAAUUACUAAGUUGUAUACUUUUUUUAAAACUUGUAAUCAUUAUUAGAAUUAUUUAUUUAUCAAUAAAUGUUCACAUGGCUAAUUACUAAAUCUACUUUAAAAAAUAACCGAAUUAAACAUUUUAAGAAAAAGAAGCUUCUAAUUAUGUCCAUUAAAUAACUUUUGAAUUAAUGUACAUACAUCAUAAUGAUGUUAUUCAUCGAGAUAUUCAACCAGAUAAUAUUCUCUUAAAUUUUUGGCUAAGCUAAAAUUGCUGAUUUUUCAUUCUGUGUUUAUUCUCCUCAUUUUUAUAGAUAAAUAUUAUGUGGUACCAUCAUAGAUGCUUCACCUGAAACUCUAGAAGGAGAUAUGUAGGUUAAAAAAAGUGAUAUUUGGGGUUUUGGUUACUUAAUAUAUGAAUUAUGUUUUGAUAUUCCUUCAUGGAAAGAGCAUUAACAAGAAUUAAUUAAAACUGUAAGGCAUAGUUUAAAAUUUUUAUUUAGGCUUGUGUUCUAAUUCCAUCUUAAACAUCUAAAGAAUUGAGAGAAAUCAUAGAAAAUUUAGUUAAAAGAUUAUAUAGAGAAAGAUUAACUGCAAAAAUAAGCUUACAAUCACUCAUGGUUAUAAUAAACUUAACAAAUACUACCACAAUUUAUCCAAUAAAAUGUAACCAUAUUUAAUUGA